UAAAAAGCGUUGGAGGGGACAGUGACAACAUCGGAAAAGGAAAAGCAAAAGCAGUGAUCUUUACUCUCAAGUUCUCAACUUAACCAAAACAAAACAAAGGUCUUGAGAGUGUAGGAGGUGGAGACGAUGAAACGUUACUUUCAACCAGUGGAGAAAAAUGGCUCAGCCAAGAAGCCUACUCCUUCACCUUCCAAGAAAAACGAUGAGAAUGGAGAGACAUUGGUUGAAGAAGAUACCAAGAAAGAGCCCCUUAAGUUCUUGACUUGGAAUGCCAAUAGUUUUCUUCUUCGGAUCAAGAACGACUUCCCCGACUUUACCAAGUUCGUCUCUGAAUUUGACCCUGAUGUCAUUUCCAUACAGGAAGUGAGGAUGCCUGCUGCUGGCUCCAAAGGGGCAACUAAAAACCCAGCAGAGUUGAAAGAUGAUACUAGCUCAUCACGUGAAGAAAAACAGAUAAUUAUGCGUGCCUUGUCCUCCCCGCCCUUUAAUAAUUAUCGUGUUUGGUGGUCUCUUUCAGAUUCAAAAUAUGCAGGGACUGCCCUUAUUGUAAAGAAAUGUUUCCAACCAAAAUCAGUUUUUUUCAAUCUUGACAAAAAGGCUUCAAAGCAUGAAACAGAUGGUCGGGUUAUUUUAGCUGAAUUUGAGACAUUCCGCGUCUUAAAUACAUAUGCACCAAAUAAUGGCUGGAAGGAGGAGGAAAACUCAUUUAUAAGGAGAAGAAAAUGGGAUAAAAGGAUACUGGAGUUUGUUUCACAGUCUUCAGAUAAGGCUCUUAUAUGGUGUGGUGAUCUAAAUGUUAGCCAUGAAGAGAUUGAUGUUAGCCAUCCAGAAUUUUUCAGCACAGCUAAGCAAAAUAAUUAUGUACCUCCAAAUAAAGAGGAUUGCGGACAGCCUGGUUUUACUCUCUCUGAGAGAAAGCGUUUUGCUAACAUAUUGAAAGAGGGAAAGUUAAUAGACGCAUAUAGAUUUCUACACAAAGAGAAAGAUAUGGAACAAGGAUUUUCAUGGUCUGGAAACCCCAUCGGAAAGUAUCGUGGCAAAAGGAUGAGAAUAGACUACUUUAUUGUCUCAGAGAAACUCAAAGACAGGAUUCUUGCAUGUGAGAUGCAUGGAAAAGGCAUUGAGUUACAAGGUUUCUAUGGAAGUGAUCAUUGCCCAGUCACCCUAGUGCUUUCAGAAUCAAGCUCCAUAAAUUCUGGAGAAAGUUGAUGUCUAUUAGUGAACUUUUCGAUAUGGAUAUCAUGUCGAUAUUUACUUAUAUUGCCUAUUAGAAUGCUUAGCAUUAGUCUGUAAUUUUAACAGAACAUUCGAGGUAGUUGUGUUUUUUAUCUGAAUCAAGGUAGUUGCUGUUGUUGGGUACAAUGGUUUGAUUUAGUUGACACUUAACAUGGGCAAGUUGGCUAAAUCUGGUCCACCACUUUCCCCUUUUGCAAGGGAAAGUAAACAAAAUUUGUAAAGGAAAAGGUAAGAAGAGACCCAACAAAGCAUAUUUUCUUUUGUACAUAGUUGGUAACAUUACCAGCCACCUGUUCUUCAACAUCAGCAAGUGAAAUCAUAUUGGCUUUAAAAUCUUAGAAAAA